GUGUUCUUGCAAGUUAGUGUUUGGAAAUAAGAAGAGAGUGGCAUUUAGGUUUCUUUGCGAUCCGGGAGGUGCUGGCAGAGAUUUUGAUGUUGCGCGGUCCAUCAUUAAGGGAGAGGGUAUUGGUUCUUCAGUCAAUGUGGGGGUUAGGGUUAGG